UGUGCAGCUGCACCAAAUUUGCCUCCUGCAUCUCAACAGAUAUCAUGUUAGAGAGAGAUAGACUCGGUCUCUCCAGAUCUGGUCUUCAUGGGACUCUCCAUCAUUUGUAGUCGAGUAAUAGAUUUGUUUGUAGUAGUUUCAGGGGAGAGAGAGAGAGUUCAACAAUGGAAGCACCUCCUCUUUAGAAACCCAACAACAAAUAGAACCCAUGGACUUCAGGGUUCCCUACAGUUUGGAUGGCUUGCACCAAUCACCAUCGUACCCCCAUCUCUCCAUUCUUGCUAGACUUGAGAGCCUUGAUCUCAAGCUGAAUAGGAUAGAAGAGAAGCGUAGCCUGUUAGAGAGGGAGAGUUGCUCAGAGGAGGUCUUGAAUGGAAGAUGCAGACCUUUGGCUUCAGUCUUACAAGAAGUUUGUUACCAAGGAACACUCAUGGAUCGGCUCCAAAUGCUAGAAAACAGGAUUUUAAUGCUGAGCUAUGAGAUGGAGAAUGAUGGCUUGUUUCCCUCUCAAGAAGUGCCAAAUUACCAAUUAGCCCCUAAUUAUGGGCUAGGUGAUGAGAAGAAGGACCUUGUAUUUUCGCAAUGGUUGAAUAAGAGGAGAGAAAAAGAGGGUGAAGAAGAGCUUCCCAUUUGUUCGCACGAACAAUUCGAUGGCAAUGAGCCCACACCACAGGAAAAGAGUGUGAAAGAAGUGAUUAAUGGAAAGGGAGCAGAGAGUGGAAGAAAAGGGAGAAAUGAGAAGAAGAGAAGGCAUCAUUAUGGAAAGUGGCCUCAUUAUAGAAGGCUUGAUGAGUGCUGAGGCCAAAGCGCAAUCCACCAAUUCAAAAUUUAAUAUUUAUUUACCACAAAAAAGAGGUUGUGCUUAGGUAGUACAUGUUUCCUUAUUACUUUCAUUGUUCACAAGACUUACAUCUUUACCUGUGCAUAAAUCUCAUCCAUCACUAUUAUCAUCAUUUGAGCUUUAUCCCAACUAUUUGGAGUCAAGAAUCUUAUUUCGCCAUUUCACUAUAUCAAAAAUCGUACUCUUAAUCAGACCAUAAAUCGCCAUAUCUUAUAUCAUCACUUCUAUCCAUUGUUCUUUUGAGCCUUCUCCUGACACUUUAAGAGCCUUCCACGUCAUCCAUCAUGAGGGAACUUUUAGGGCACUCCCGUGCACAAUUUAGUAGUGUUCAAAGAGUCACCUUCAACAAUUAAUCUUUCUUGAGCUCUUUGUAUCAAUCUUAAUCCCAAAAAGCAAAACUUUUACCUCCGGAUCGUUUGGCAUAUAUAUAUCCCUCACUGGUCCUGAGUAGGUUAGUAGGAGCCCCAUUUAGAUCUCUCACCAACUGGGUUUUGUGCACUACCAUCAAAGUUCAGUUUUUCUCUUUCCUAGUGGUGGUGUUUGUGGCCAUCUCCAUCGUCUUCUGGUCUCUUUCAUUGUAGCAACCUUCCAUCGUCUUCUGGUCUCCUUCAUUGUAGCAACCUCCCUGAAGAUAUAAAUAAUGCCUCUAGCAGUGCCACAUAAUUCUUUCAUCAUUGAUGCCCAUUCUGCAGCAGUUGCUAUUAUCCUCAAUUUCGGGUUUUCCCGAUAGACAGAGAUGCCCUCCAAGCUCCUGCAAUUUCUCUCAUUUGGUAAGUGCUAAAGUAAGGCAGUCAUCGUGGUCCUCUGCAGCAUUCUACCUGACUUAGGCAGCUAGGGGGUCUUUCGGUACUCAUGUAGCUGACAUGUAGACUGAGCUGCAAGCCAAAAUCUCUCUCUCUCUCUCUCUCACACACACAAACAAACAUACACACACACAAGCCAAUCUCUCUCACUCUCUGACCAUGUACUGGCCCUUGAGAUAAGUGCCAACAUUUAUGGAUAGUAUAAAAUAUGAACUUUACACAAUCAAGUUUUGGUUGGAAGAUAACAUAAAAUAAUGUGCUCUGCUUUGUUGCUCAAAGUCUAAAUCUCUGGUAUUCUAAAAAACAGUCGCUCUAUAAUUAAACUUUUUUGAAUACAUGACUUGCAACCUUUUUUUUUUUUCCUUAAAAAAGAAAAAAGAAAGAAAAUGAUAAAGCUUUAUUUCAUCUCAUGCACAACGCAGCUCUAAAUCAUACAAAUAAAAUACAAUAGAGAACCCAAAAAAGGCCUGUACUAUUUGAACUCAGGAGCAACCAAAAGAAAACAGCUCAAAGAGAAAAAAAAACGUAUCCUACAAAAAUGACGAAAGAGAAAGGGAGA